CCCGGUUGAUGCCCCCGGGGGUGGGGGGGGUCCCGUUGUGCCCCGUUUUUUUUUCCGCCCCCCCCCCCCAAAUUAUCCCGGCCGCAUGUGACCGCCGUCACCUGACCAACAUGGCCGGGGCCGCCCGCCGCCGCUGAGCCCGCUGCUGCCGUCAGCCGCCAUGGAGGCCUUCCUGCGGAGCGUGGAGAGGGACCUCAACAUCGACCGCCGGCAGCUGGCGGCCGCCGCCGAGGGGACGCACGUCACGGCGCUGGUCCCCCAAAAAUGGCUGGGCAGCCUGAAGGAACGCCGCGUGCUGCCCGGCCUGUGCCCGCGACCCGAAGGGCUGAGCGAGGUGGAGGUGAGGACGUUCCUCCAGCGCUCCGUGCAGAAGCUGCCGGCGGGCUGGACGCGGGUGGAGAUCCACGGGUUGAGGAAGGAGCGCUUGGCGCAGCCCCUCCGCGUCCCUCCUGUCGUCGUCGAGCCCCGAAAUGGCGGCCCCGAGACGCUGCACGGCUUCAUGCACCGCGUGGCCUCGCAGAAUUACCGCAACCUUUGGGGCCGGGCUCACGGCCGCUACGUGCGGCCCUACCGGCACGCUCACGCGCCGCCCGCCGUGCUGGCCCUCGACGCUCUCCGGGCGGCCCUACAGAAGGCGUACGGCUGCCCCGUCCUCCCGGUGGGGAAAAACGUGCCCGGAGCUUCCCCUGCUAAGGAGAGCGCGGCGAGGGGCAGCCCCUCCUGCCCCAACGUCCUGCAAGCCGAGGCGCUGCUGGAGUCGGCCGAGAUGCUGUAUGUUGUCUACCCCUACGUGCAGUACUGCCUGCACGACAUCGUCACCUUCAGCCCGGCCAAGCUGACCAACAGCCACGCCAAAAUCCUCUUCCUCCUCUUCCACGUGCUGCAGGCCAUGAGGGCCUGUCACCAGGCGGGGUUGGCUUGCGGUGCUUUCUCCCUGCACGACGUGGCGGUGGAUGAGAAGCUCUGCAGCCGGCUCCGGGUGAAUUUCAGGGAGUACGAGGGGCCCGGGAAGGAGGAAGCCAAGGUGGAGGCUGGGUUGGAGAGGCUGAGCGAGCAAAACGGCACCGGGGCACGAGAGGAGGCGGUGAGGUGCUCCACCUGCCAGAAGGAGCUCCGGGACCUGGUGUUGCAGUGGGUUCACGGGCGGGUGAGCAACUUCGACUACUUGAUGCGUUUAAACAGCUUGGCUGGGAGGAGAAUGGGAGACCCCAACUACCACCCGGUGCUCCCCUGGGUGGUGGACUUCACCACCAAAAACGGCAAGUUCAGGGACCUGAGGAAAUCCAAAUUCCGCCUCAACAAGGGGGACAAGCAGCUGGACUUCACCUACGAGAUGACCAAGCAGGCGUUCGUGGCUGGCGGGUCAAGCGGGGAGCAGCUCCACGUCCCCCACCACAUCUCCGACGUCCUCUCGGAUAUCACCUACUACGUGUACACGGCUCGGAGGACGCCCAAGUCGGUGCUGUGCUGCCACGUCAGGUCCCAGUGGGAGCCCAACGAGUACCCGGCCAGCAUGGAGCGCAUGCAGAGCUGGACCCCGGACGAAUGCAUCCCGGAGUUUUAUACCGACCCCUCCAUUUUCCGAUCCAUCCACCCAGACAUGCCCGACCUGGACGUGCCGUCGUGGUGCAGCUCCUACGAGGAGUUCAUCGAAGUCCACCGCAUGCUGCUGGAGAGCCGGGAGGUGUCUCAGGACCUCCACCACUGGAUCGACCUCACUUUCGGGUACAAGCUGCUGGGGAAGGACGCCGUCAAGGAGAAGAACGUCUGCCUCCACCUGGUAGACAACCACACGCACCUGACCACCUACGGGGUGGUGCAGCUCUUCGACCAGCCGCACCCCAGGCGCAUGGUGGGACCUGCCUACACGCCCGCCGAAGCUCCGGCCAUCGCUCGGCCCCUGCUGCAGAACAUCAGGGAGGCCGUGGUUUUGGAGGACAUCCAGGGCCCGGUGACCGACGCAGUGAACGGGCUGGUGCUGGAGGCUACUCCCAGCGAAACCACCUGGGCUGGUGAGAAAUCCGUCGGCGGUGAGGAUGAUUUAGAGCAAGGCACGGAGGCCCUGGAUUCGAUUUCUGCACCAGGCAGGGCUCCUGAUCAGCCCUGCCCCGCCGUGCCUGCAGCACAGCCCCCUGCCCUCCCUGCUUAUGCUGCUGAAGGCAAGGCCUCGGGGGUCCGGCCCCUCCGCCGGAGCAAGGCGGGUGCUGUGGAUCAGGCCGACAGGGAGGAGGUGAAGAUCUCCCUGCCCGAAGGCUUCAAUCCUCUCCAAGCCUUGGAAGAGCUGGAGAAAUUGGACAAUUUCUUGGUGAAAGGCUUGAGCAGCGAGAUGCAGCUGAUGGAGCAGCCCUGGGAGGAGCCGCUGCUGGGUCUCUCGGACCUCUUCCAGCGGGACAUGCAGGCGCUGGGCAUUUUGGUGGCUGAAAUCAUCUUUGCGCCGAGGAUUCGCCCCUCGAAGCCCGACGCGUCCCUGCUGGAGCGGUUCCUGAUGGUGCGCAACCUGUGCCGCUACCACCCCAAGGAGAUCCCGGCCCCGCUGCAGCACGUGCUGCACGUCCUGCUGCAGCUCAGCGUGCCCGUGGAGAAGCUUCUCAAACCCAGGCUGGGCAAGGGCACGGUGCAGCUCUUCGAGUACAAACCCAUCUCCCAGGGCCUGCCCCCGCCGUGUCCCACGCAGCUCCUCAGUCCCUUCAGCUCCAUCGUCCCCUUCCCCACCUACUUCCCAGCUCUGCACAAGUUCAUCUUCACCUACCAGGCGAAGAAGGUGGAGGACGAAGGUGAGGGUCGGGAGCUCGUUUUCCAGCUGUGGCAGCAGCUGGAGGGGAUCCUUUCCGAAAUCACUCCCGAAGGCUUGGAGAUCCUCCUGCCCUUCGUGUUGUCCCUGAUGUCCGAGGAGAACACCGCCGUCUACGCGGCGUGGUAUCUCUUUGAGCCUAUAGCCAAAUCCCUCGGCCCAAAGAACGCCAAUAAAUACCUGCUGAAGCCACUGAUCGGCGCCUACGAGACCCCCUGCUACCGCCACGGCAGGUUCUACCUCUACACGGACUGCUUCGUGGCCCAGCUGAUCGUGCGCCUGGGCUUGCAGUCCUUCCUCCUCAACCUGCUGCCCCACAUCCUGCAGAUCCUCGUCGGCAUCGAGAGCUCGCGGGAGGAGAGCAAAUCCCUCCUCGGCGCGGCGGAGGACGACGAGAGCGGAGGGGGCAGCCCGGUGUCGUGCGUGUUCGGGGAGGAGAUCAAGAUGGACGUGGAGCACGGCUCCGCCGCCCUCGACCUCCUCGACUACACCUCCGGCGUCAGCUUCCACGACCAGGCUUACCUGCCCGAGGGCGAGGAUUUCCAGAGCGGUCUCUACGUCGGGGAGUCCCUGCAGCCGCAGGAGCAGGAGCUGCUGAGCCUGGGGCGGCUGAGCGACAAGAGCAGCGCCAGCGAGGUGUCGCUGGGCGAGGACAGAGCCGCCGACGGCGACUCGCAGAAGGACAAGAGCAGCCUCAAGUCCGUGGACAGCAGCCAGGACCUGAAGCAGAGCGAGGAGUCGGAGGAGGAGGAGGAGGAGCGCGAGGACGAGGAGCACGAGGACGCGGCGGUCGAGGCGGAGCUGGCGGUGGCCGUGGAUGGCGGCGCCGCUGGGGACGCUGGCGCCUCCGUGGAUGUCACCCUGGCUGAUGACAGCAGCGAGCCGGAGGAUGGGGAGGGAGAGGAGCUGCCGGACCACUCGGAUGACAAAGAGCAGAGCAUACUCCUGGACACAGCCUGUAAGAUGGUGAGGUGGCUCUCGGCCAAGCUGGGUCCCACCGUCACCUCCCGCUUCAUCGCCAGGAACCUGCUCCGUCUGCUCACGUCCUGCUACGUGGGCCCCACCAGGCAGCAAUUUGUACCGAGCAGCGAUGAGAACGGUCCCCUGAGCACGGGAAAUAUCUACCAGAAGCGGCCGGUGCUGGGAGAUCAGGUGUCCAAGCCGGUGCUGGCCUGCCUGGUGCACGUGGCGUACCUGUACGGAGAGCCUGUCCUCACCUACCAGUACCUGCCCUACAUCAGCUACCUGGUCGCACCCGGCGGUGGGUCCGGCGGCGGGCGGCUGAACAGCAGGAAGGAAGCAGGGCUGCUGGCCGCGGUGACGCUGGCGCAGAAGAUCGUGGUGUGCCUGUCGGACACCACGCUCAUGGACAUCCUCCCCAAAAUCAGCCAGGAGGUGCUGCUGCCGGUGCUGGGCUUCCUCACUUCACUGGCCGUCGGUUUCCCCAGCGGUGCCCAGGCCCGCAUCGUCCUGUGCGUUAAGACAAUCAGCCUCAUUGCCUUGAUCUGCCUGCGGAUCGGGCAGGAGAUGGUGCAGCAGCACCUGAGCGACACGGUGAGGAACUUCUUCGGGGCCUUCUCGCUGCUGCAGGAGCUGCAGGACCAGGGAUUGACGGCGGAGUCGCUGAGCAGCUGCGAGGUGCCGGUGAUGGAGGUGCCCCUCUCGGAUGGGAAGCUGCUGGCCCUGGACCCGGCGGUGCUGAUGGAGUUACAGAAGGUGUUUAACCCUGAGAUGGCCUACAUCACCUACAUCCCCUUCUCUUGCUUGCUAGGCGAUGUCAUCCGCACGGUUGUGCCCAACUGCUUGCUGGUUGAGAAGCUGGCCAGCCUCUACCUGGAAAACGUGAACCCAAAGAGCCUGCAGGCGGUUAGUCUCGAGCAAGCGCCGAGCGUGGCGGGCUCGGACCAGGACACGCGAGGGUCCGAGCCGCCCCCCAGCCAGCAGGAGGACAGCCACUCCGGGACUUUCGGCAGCGUGCUGGUGGGGAACCGCAUCCAGGUUCCUGUGGACACGCAGAGGGAAGGUCUGGGCUUGCUUCGCCUCGGUGCUGGCGCCGACGGCUUUAUGCCGAGCUCGUCCAGCGAGGAAAACGCUCUGAAGCACGACCUGCCCCGCAGCACCCACAUGCUGUGCGGCAACUGGCUGGCCUACUGGCAGUACGAGAUCGGGGUGAGCCAGCACGACCCCCGCUUCCACUUCCACCAGAUCAAGCUGCAGAGUUUCUCAGGGCAUUCGGGGGCCAUCAAGUGCGUGGCGCCGCUGGGCAGCGAGGAUUUCUUCCUCAGCGGCAGCAAGGACAAAACCGUCCGCCUCUGGCCCCUGUACAACUACGGGGAUGGCACCAGCGAGGUGCCGCCGCGGUUCACCUACUCCGAGCACAAAAAGUCUGUCUUCUACGUGAGCCAGCUGGAGGCAUCGCAGCACGUGGUGAGCUGCGACGGCACCGUGCACAUCUGGGACCAGUUCACAGGCAAACUUCUCCGGACUUUUGACGAGUUAGACAACAAGGUCCCCAUCACAGCUGUCACCACCAUGCCACCUCCCUACCACAGCAUCUCCGUGGCCAGCGCAGACUCCGUGCUGCGUUUCAUUGACCACAGGAAGCCAGGCCUGCAGCAUGAGUUUCGCCUGGCCAGUGGGGUGAGCGCCGGGCUCAUCCGCUGCUUGGCUGUCAGCCCUAGCGGGCGCAGCGUUAUGGCUGGCUUCUCCUCUGGUUUCAUCGUGCUGCUGGACACCAGGACGGGACUCAUCAUGCGGGGGUGGCCUGCCCACGAGGGAGACAUCCUGCAGAUCAAGGCUGCAGAGGGCAAUGUGCUGAUCAGCUCCUCUUCGGAUCAUUCCCUGACCGUCUGGAAGGAACUGGAGCAGAAACCUUUGCACCACUACAAAUCUGCAUCCGAACCCAUCCACGCAUUCGACCUGUACGGCAACGAAGUGGUCACGGGCACCGUGGCCAACAAGAUCGGUGUCUACUCCAUGCUGGAGUCCUCAGCCCUGCCCAUCAGCACGACCAAGCUGAGCUCGGAGAAUUUCCGGGGUACUCUGACCAGCCUGGCGGUGCUGCCCACAAAAUGCCACCUCCUGCUGGGCUCGGACAACGGCGUGAUACGCCUCCUGGCAUAGCAGCCCCAGCCCAGGAGCUUGUGGCCAUCCCACAGCUCCGGUUUGUAGAGCUGAAAGCCGGCAGUGCCGCUCGCAGAAGAGGCAGGGUUAGGUGUUCCCAAACGGACGGUGCAGGGGGGAGGUGUACUCGUCAGUGAGCACUUGGUAAAGCAUCUCUAACCUCUUUCUCUAUCUUUAAAAAAAAAGAAAAGAAAAAAAAAAAGAAAAGGAAAAGCCAUAACUGAGAAACCUCCACUGCUGCUGGGAGAAGUACUGGGUGUUGUAGGUCACUGUCACCCCUGCAGAGAGGCCUGGAGCUUUCUGUACCACGUGUGCCUGAUCCCCAGGGGACUGUGAGUUGCCCUCCAGAGAAAUGUGGACCACGGGUGUCCUCCUUCCUUCCAUUAGGGGGUAAGAGGCAGCCCUCGACACGAAUACAACAGUUUAGCUACUGCCAUCUGCACUUACCCUGCGCACUCCACCCCGACCAGCUGAAUGGUCUUACUGGGAUAGGGUAGGUGGGCGCUGCUGCGUGGUGCCAGGCUUAUCCUCCUCCUCUGGUCUGUGGGUUCGAGGCCCAGAGGAUGCACUCUGUUAACUCGAGGUUCUGCUGUCCAAGUGGGAGCCUGUCUGGGAGGAGGAGAGGUUAACUGGAGCACUCCUGUUGCCUUACUGGUCCCAGUGCCAGGUAGGAAGGCAGGAGCCUCGUGUCUGCUCCACGGGUUCAUUUGGGAAUGAGCUGCUGCAGAGGGGUUGUUUGGGACGUGACCCUCUGGAGAGGCCAGAACUAGGUGCUUCCAGCAGGGAUUUUGCUUCUGGAGUAGAAAGGUGGGGAUGGAUUGUUGCUGGUUCCUGCCCCGGCAGCACUGCAUCCCAUAAUUACCAGCAGGGUGAGGAGUGCUGCGUGCUGUGCGUUGGCAGAGGUUCUCAAGCAAUUCCCUUCCUCAUCCUCUCUCCUCUCCUGUGUGCUGGUGACUCCCGGGGAAGACAGAGCAGCAGAAGGGUGCUCGGUUCUGCCCCUUCUCACAACCCAGCACGGUCCCCUUCUGGCCUCCCCUUUGGGGCAGCCCUGUUUGCUCCCACUCCUCUGUAACCCAAAGGUGAGGACAACGCUCUUUGACCCGGCAGCAGGAGCAGUUGCCUCACUUCUCUUACAGCGCUUUUCCCAUCCAUCCUUCAGCCUAAGUCAGAGUCAGUAUCAGGGGAAUGGGAAGCUCUUGGGCAGAGGAGGAGCCUGCUGUGAGUUGUCCUGGAAGGGGAAAGGGCUUCCCCCAGCUGCCAGUCCCUCCGAGCCAGGGAGCUGGGCAGGCUGCCCUCCGCUUCCAGGAGGGUUGGGGAGCUGAGCGCUUGGUCCUGGCUAUCCUGACCCAAGGGGAGCUCUCAGUCCCGCGUUGCCUAUUAACCAUUUGCAAUAGAUGUAAAUAUUUACUUCUAAUAAACUCUUUGAAAGAGA